AUGAGGAAAUCGACACGGUUGGCUAGCAAGAUCAUCCGCGCUAUUGGAUGUGCCAAUGGAUUGGCCGGAAGGCAACUUGGAUGCGAAAACGCUGUUGAAAUUCUUAAAAAGUCAAGAUUCUUGAAGAAUGUGGAGAGAAAGGUCCCGUUGGAGUGGGGAGCCGUUGUGGAAGAAGUCGAUACUGGAAGACAUUCGAAGGCAUUGAGUGGUGUUACCCAGACAUGCAGACAGUUGGCGCAUCACACAAGGCAAGUCAUUGAGAACAAGGAAGAUCUAUUGGUAUUUGGCGGUGAUCAUAGUUGCGCCAUAGGGACAUGGAGCGGUGUGGCGACAGCUCUCCGUCCGGUUGGUGACGUUGGACUUAUUUGGGUGGACGCACAUAUGGACGCGCACACACCAGAAAGCAGUGAUACCGGAAAUAUUCAUGGCAUGCCGGUUGCGCAUCUACUUGGUUUUGGCGAUAAGAAUUUGACGAAAAUCGGCGACCGUCUACCAAAAUUGCAACCGCACAAUCUCUGCAUGGUGGGAAUCAGAUCGUAUGAAAAUGCUGAACAGGAACUUCUCGAACGUCUGGGAGUCCGCAUCUUCUAUGCGCACGAGGUCGAAAAGCGUGGUAUCGCCGACGUGUUGCAGGAAGCGCAGUAUCUCGUUACCAGAAAUACUGUUGGCUAUGGAUUGUCGAUUGAUCUUGAUGGUUUCGAUGUAUCAUUUGCGCCGGCUGUCGGCACGCCAGCUGAUGAUGGAAUCAAUGCGUUGGAAUUCGUCAAAGCUCUUCUUACCAUUGAUUUGACCAAAUUGGUGGCUACGGAAAUUGUCGAGUUUUUGCCACAAUUUGAUGAUGAGAACAUGACUAGUGAGCAAUUGGUCGCCACCAUUGUUGAAUACAUUUACAAAACCAAGGAGUUCCAGACGAAAACAAUUGAAGAGAUCGCGCAGAGGGUUAACAAGUCAGAAGACGUCGAGAAAUUGGCACAGAUGUUGUGA